UGGAUCCUGCUCCUCUCUAAUUAACAUCGCAUACACGUUCUUUUGAAGCCGUUUUCUCCCAGGGACAGAGUGCGAGGAGUCCACUCCCGGCUGUCCUUCUCGGCUGCACGGAUACGAACGGAUGCCAACUUCAGCAUCAGCCUGACCGGGGCAGUGGAGCUGUCCUUCUAGGCUCCGGGGCAGGGCACGUCUUAUCAGUUCCGUCUUUUGAGAAGCUUUCUCUGCCAGUCUGCAUCCCAAUACGCCAACGAUCCAAGGUCAUUGUUACACAAACUUAGGCGAGACAGGACGUUAGCUAUUCAAAUGCAUAUUUCUUUUGAAAAAGUGAGCAACCGAUCGCGCUCUCGGUGUUAAAAAAGUUUUUGAGUUUUCACCCAUUUUGUUGGAAGCCGAUGUAAUAAUAAACAAUUACGACACAAUCACGCCGGUUGCCGACGAGUUAAGUCAUCUCGCCUCAGGGACUUUUAAUUCCUCAUCUGCUUUAACUUGCGCUGGUGCGAGACUUGCAGCAGACUCCGCCGGACUGAACGAUCAAGAAGAUGGAUCUUCUGCCUCUCCGCGUUUCCCUUGUACUUCUACUUUGGACGCUCUCGGCCGUGGCUUCCACCUUCCCUUUUGCUGUUUCCUACUACAGUCCCAAAAGGCCUGCCUGUAGGGCCAUUCCCAGCACCAUGGCCCUCUGCCAUGACGUGGGCUACACUGAAAUGAGGCUGCCCAAUCUACUAGGUCAUGACACCCUGAAGGAAGCUCAACAGCAGGCCAGCUCCUGGGUUCCACUGGUGUCCAAGCGGUGCCACAAGGAUACCAAAAGGUUCCUCUGCUCUCUCUUCGCACCGGUGUGUUUGGUUGAAUUUGUUGAGCCCCUUCCUCCCUGUAGGAGCCUCUGUGAAGUGGUGAGAGACGGCUGCGUCCCCGUCAUGAGCGCCUUUGGCUUUCCAUGGCCUGAGAUGUUCAACUGCAGUCAGUUUCCACCUGGAAAUGAAAUGUGCAUCCCUGGGACGACAACGGGAUCGAAAGGUAUGGACGACAGGCUGGAGGAACAUGCUAAGAUGCCACGAUGUGAUGCCUGCAGACCAUUCGGAGAUGCUGAAAAAGAAAUGCAACAAAACUUUUGUCAACAUGAUUUCAUGGUGAAGUUAAAGGUGAAAGAGUCCCACAUAAAUGGAGGCAACCGAAAGGUGGUACCAGAGGGGCCAAGCCUUGUCAUUCUGAAGAGGUUAAACCGAGUAGAAGAGGAGGAGAUCAACAGGAAGGCCUUCUUGUUGCAAAAGGGUGCCACUUGCACAUGUGGGGAGCUCCUGGAACCAUCUACUACACUAUUGGCUCUUGGCAGAAAAGCAGGAAACAAGCUGCUGCUCAACAGGAUCAUGGGUUGGCACACAGGAGAUGGAGAACUGAAGAGGUUCUUGCAAGGAAUCAGAAAGCUGCAGUGCUGAGUGUGGGGUGAGAGGGCUGUGGAACGGAGACAGGCUGUCAUCUUUGAUGGAACCAAAGAAGGAAGAAUUGUUUAGUAACACUGGUGGAACUCGCUUCACAAAUUUGUAAAAGUUGCUUUUGACUUAGUUUGCUCGGAUCCAUGCUCUGUACUAUACUUGCUUCACCCCAGUCAAAAGGGGGUAGAGCCAGCCUGUAGCAUAGACAAUGUACUGUAUGUAGAUCGAGGAUGCAUUACUGGAUUGUGGAAUGGCCGAUCUAGAAUAAACAAACCCAGUGAAAUGUUGAAAGGGGUCCACUUAGAUGGAUCCAACCUUGGACAGCCACACUAAACCUCAGUGAAAAGCUACAACAGCUGCAGUAAUCAGUCUUAUCAAUUUAGAGAGAAGUGCCUUCCUUUUAACACCACAGCUACCACUUACUGACCCAUUUCUGUGAAUAUAGCAUAAUUCUGUUCUGCAUAAUAGUAUCAGUUUAUUUUUGUAAGUUUUGCUUUUGUAAUAAAUUUGGUUAAUGUAAA